AUAUUACUCUGUGUGUGUGUGUGUGUGUGUGUGUGUGUGUGUGUGAUGGCGUUUUCAUUAUCUUGUGCGGCCACUUCAUCAUCAGCAUCAUCAUUAUCAGCGUGGUGGAUUCCACAGUAUUUGAAGCAUCGUAACGAGGAUUCAUUUGUGGAAUUCAAGAAUUGCAAUCCAAGGCAGCCGAAGAAGAAGAAUGUAGUACUAGUCGGAGUAUCAAUAUUCUCCAUUAAAUCUGAAUCAAAAGACUACUCAUCUUCAUCAUCAUCAUCAGAAGAAGAAAGUAGAAGGAAAUCAAGGAGGUUGGAGAUAGGGUCUCCAAUUAUAGUAACAGAAGCUCCCAAAAUGAUCAAAACUGCCACCGCUGUUCCUUGUCUCAGGCUUAAUUCUGGCUUGGUCAACCCUGGCGAUGUUGGCAGAAUUGUGUCAAGAAAGCCAAAAGAUGUAUGGGCAGUUCGUCUCACCAUUGGUACUUAUCUCAUAGAUGGCAAAUAUUUCAAGCCCUUGGAUCUUGAGGAUUGAUUCACUUCAUUGUUUUACUAUAUAUUCAAAUGUAUACAUGAAUUUUCAUGAGGAUUCAUAAGGUCUUCUUUUAAUUUUUUAAAUGAUUUGUUGUUGUAUUUUACAUUUGUGAUUUUUAUCACCUGAGGUUUAAAAAAAUACAAUAAACUUCGUAAGUUUGGUAUAA